AUGGCUCUGCCUCGAACCCUAGUGCAAGCCAGAGCGCUUCAACGGCCGCUUCUUGCCGGCCACAGCCGCGCAAAGCGAGCCAUGGCCUCAAUGGCCGACCUCAGCAGUAACCAAGAAGUCCACAAUCGCACCGAAGGCUCCAUCGCCAACGCCUUUACCUCCAUGUCCAAGCAAUCCCAGGACCUACCCACACGAUUCUUAAACCUCAAACGAGAGAUCUCACAUCAAAACGGCCACGCCAUCCUCGACGGAUGGAAGAGGCUACUGGACAACGUAGCAACAGACAGACUAGCUGAUUGGGAUCCGCAAAUGAUCCCCGAGAUCCCUUUCUCCGCGAUCCAGACCAACAACGGGCAGCUGCCUGACGAGGCUAAGCGCGCGCUGAAAAAACGGGGGACUAUCAUUAUUCGCGGGUUGGUUUCGGUGGAGCAGGCGCUGGAUUGGAAGAGGCGGGUUCGUGAUUAUAUACAUCUCAACCCGUCCACGAAGGGCUUUCCCGCGGAUAACCCGCAGGUCUAUGAGAUCUACUGGUCGAAGACGCAGCUCGAGGCGAGAGCUCAUGCACAUAUGCUCGCUGCGCAGGCAGCACUUAAUCAGGUGUGGUCCGCUGCGCCGGGGGACCCUGUUGAUACCAGUGUCCCGGUGACGUACUGCGAUCGGUUGCGCAUCCGCACGCCCGGUGAUACGUCGUUCAAUCUUGGGCCUCAUUUGGAUGGUGGCUCGUUGGAGCGUUGGGAGGACCCCGAGUACCGCAAGUGCUACGAGGAGGUAUUUACUGGUCAGUGGGAGAAGCAUGAUCCCUUUGCUAUCACGCAUCGGCUCAAUGCGACGACUGAUAUGUAUCAUGGGCCGGGCGGAUGCUCUGCUUUUCGCUCUUACCAGGGCUGGCUCUCCCUCUCUGACUGCAGCCCCGGAGCAGGCACAUUACGAGUAAUGCCCGACCUCCUCUUAUCCAGCACAUACACCCUCCUCCGCCCCUUCGUCCACCAGGACAUCCAAACCGGCAAAUGGACCCUCGACGACAAAACCAGCACCUUCCACGGCGCAGCGAUGGGCGCAGGCCAAGAACUACUAGCAACAGAGCACGCGCAUAUCCACAGCACCGGAUUCGUCUCCAUCCCGCGCGUCCAGCCCGGCGACGCAGUCUUCUGGCACUGCGACGUCGCGCACAUGGUGGAGAACCAGCACCGGGGAACUGAGGAUUCGAGCGUGCUGUAUAUCCCUGCAGCGCCGCUGUGUGAGGUUAAUAGUCGCUAUUUGAAGAGUCAGAGGGCCUUGUUCUUGGAGGGGAGACCGCCGCCGGAUUUUCCGGGGGGUAUUGGGGAGGGGAGUCAUGAAGAGCGGGGGACGGUGGAUGGGUUGUCCGAUCAGGGGAGGGCGGCGAUGGGGUGCUUGAGGUUUGAGGUGAGUGAGAGGGCUGAAGGGGGACAGAGAGAGGCGGCGAGGAGGGCUAAUGAGAUCUUGGGGUUUGAUGGGUGA